AUGAUUUCAUCCUCCACAUGUUCUAACACAACGAUGAAAAAGUAUUGUAUUGAAGCGAACAACAAGUACACGAAAUUUCAUUAUUUCUGGACUGAGGAAUCUAUCUUUUCACAAUGGUACAAACGAUCCAUGAAAGUGGACGGUAUUACUUAUUCAUGCUGUGAACAAUACAUGAUGCAUCAAAAAGCAAAAUUAUUUGGAGAUGAUCAAGUGGCAAAACAAAUCUUAACAUGUACCUCUCAGAAAUCCAUGAAAGCAUUGGGAAGAAAGGUUCAGAAUUUUUCGGAUCAAGUCUGGGAAGCGAAUCGAGAGAGAAUUGUGUACGAAGGAAAUUAUGCCAAGUUUACACAACAUGACGAUUUGAGAAGAAAAUUAUUAGAGAAUGCUGAUUGUGAGUAUGUGGAAGCCAGUCCAUACGAUGGCAUUUGGGGAAUUAAAUUGAAGGAAGAUGAUCCAAGAGCGAAGAAAAGAGAGACUUGGCAUGGUUUGAAUUUAUUGGGAAGAAUUUUGACCCAAUUGAGAGACGAUUUGAUUCAGGAGGCAGAGAGUGCCAAACAGUAA